AUGUUUCCCAAAAUCUUCUUGGUCAUUUCACUUCUGUGUCUCUGUUUCUAUCUCUAUGGCAUCGUCACAGUGCUCACAAACUCAGAGAAGAACCUCUGUAAGAUGACGUACAUGUACGAGUACCCGCAAUUUGUGCGAAUUAAUUUUAGGGAAAAUAGAAAAUUUCCAAAGUACAAUUUGUACGGUUAUGCCGAAGGGCAUUUGACGGAAUUUGCCAGAAAUGGUGAUUGGAAUGGGGCUCCGGUGUUAUUUAUUCCCGGAAAUUCUGGGUCAUACAAACAGGCUCGAUCCUUGGCGUCUGUGGCGCUGAGAAAGGGUCUGGAUAACAAUUGGGCUCAUCAUUUGGAUUAUUUUACUGUGGAUCUCAAUGAGGAGUAUUCAGCUCUGUUUGGGGGUGUUCUGGAGGAGCAGACGGAAUUUGUGGGGCAGUGUAUUAAGGAGAUUCUCAAUCUCUACAGAAGAUUGCCGAAUAGACCGCAAAGUGUCACAAUAGUUGGGCACUCAAUGGGAGGAACUAUUGCUUAUGCUCUUCUGAGAAAUUCAGAAAUUGCUCCACUCGUAGGGACAAUUAUUGCCUUGUCUGCUCCUUUGGACAAACCCGCCAUCAAUUUGGACGUCUACAUAAAUGCCUUCUACAGGAGCAUCAAUGAAAAAUUCCAGGAGAGCAGAAAAAAGCGUCUGAUUGGGAAUCAGACAAAUACUUGUUGUCCAGGAAGGCAUGGGGAAAUUUCUGAGGAUCCUGAGGCAUCUCCUGCAAAGGGUUUCGAUGAUAAACUCUUGAUAUCAAUUGGAGGCGGAAGUAGGGACGUAAUUGUCCAUCCUGGACUAUCGGAUAGCAUUUUCAGUGACAUCCAUACAAUGUCAACUUCAGUUCCUUCAGUCUGGUUGACAACGGAUCAUUUAUGUGCUGUCUGGUGCCUCCAGUCAGUUCUGGUGCUCAAUAGAUUCCUCUACAGCACGAUAAAGCCCGUGAAGGGACGCGAUGCCUAUGGCAAAGGGCAUCAGUUCAUAGAUGAAAAGGACGAAAAACUAGCCAAAGCUAUGCAUUACCUCAAGAAACCUUCCGUUGACCGAAGGCACAAGGAAGUGAUUCUCGUGAGUGGAAAUAGACUCGGAGAUUGGGUUGAAGAUUCAAGAAGAGUCUUCACGCAUCAGUUCAAAGGAGGCCUCAACACGACAAGAUUCCAAAUGGUCCGGCUCACUGAUCUGCCCCAAUAUGAACUGCUCAAUGUUGAAAUGAUAAAUCUCGAAAAUGAUGAUUGGCUUUUUGGCUGCGCUGCCCUCGAAGUCAUAGAAACCAUGAGAUAUUGUUCAAGAGCAACGUCGAUAUCGGAAUAUGCAGAGAAAUUGCCAUCCCUGAAGCAUGAGCGGUUGCACUUGAGAUUGGAUCUUCGGAAGCUGAAGGAGAGUAAUCCGACGUGGACUCAUUUCAUAAUUAGGAUCUUGCCAACUAAACAACCAGUGCAAAUGAAUGUGGAUAUUCACGCUGCCGGCGAUCGUGAAGUGAAAGCCUCAAUCCAGAGAUGGUACUCCUACUCUCCACAAGUCGUCAUUGAAGACACCGUCCUGGGCAGUUCAUCGUACAAAUUGUCCAUAAUGGGAUUGGAGGAGGCGCAUCAGGCCAUGGAGCUCGUCAUUCAGCCGAAAUCGUGCUCAAAGCCAGGGUACCACAGUGUGGCCAGAGUCUGUGUACCAUGGACAGAAGGGUUUGAUCGUUAUCACUAUUUUACCGAAACAUCAUAUGAUCCUCUCUAUCUGUAUGUCCCAAAAUCAAAGCCCCCUGGCUACAAUUCAACUGUCAAUCCUGUAAAUGUCUUUCUGCAUCUCGAUCCCAAUUGUAGGUACCGGGUGAGUGUGAGGAAUUCCUUUGGUAUGACAUUGGGUAGAAUUGUUCAGCAGUAUUCUCAUUGGUUACCUGCCCAUCUUGCGGCUAUUUUGUUUCUCUCCCUCAAGUAUCAGAUAUCCCUGACACCGGGUCUGGAACCAUUCAAAUGUGGCUCCUUGAGGUGUGCCCUGAUUAAGUCCACGCCUUUUUUUAUUGUCUCAGCAUCUCGGGUGUUUAUUAAGGUAAUCCUCUUGGCAAAGCAAUUACCCGAUCCUGAUCCCUAUGACCACUCAAUUUUAAUUUCUGUGAUCAUUCAUGGGGCCUCAGUGGCCAUUCUGACAAUUCUAGUUGCAGCUUCUUGGGCAGGAAUUUGUUUUAUGGGUGAAACUGUCCACAAGAUUCUGCUGAAGUUGAUAAAGUUACCAAUUCCCUCAAUGGCAUCACUCGUAAUGUCGUCCUUUGAGAAAUUUCCCCUUUCUGCAAUUGUGAUACUCAUUUCCAUUGCAAUGGCUUCUUGUGGUGCUCUCAGUCUUAUCCUGGCGUCUGGGAUUUAUUUUAUGUUGAUAACGAAGAUGUACGAAGGGUAUCUGGAGGAGUUUAUCUUCAAUACAGCCAAGGAGAUUGCGGAGAAAUUGUAUGGGCAAUGGAGGCGGAGGAGGAGCGAAGGUCAGGUGGAAGAGACAAAUCCUUUAGUUGCAGCUGCAGAAGGUGCAAUUGAAGGAUCGUCUGAGGAAAUUCCUGAAAGUCCAGAAACUCCUCCAGAGCCAAGUAAUUCUCAAGAAGCUCCUCCUGAGGCAAUUGAAGGUCCUUCAGAAGGAGCUCCUGAAGAAGGGACUCCUCAGGGAGAAAAUGCCGAAGAAUCCGUGCAAAGCGAUGUCCAGGAGAAUUCCGAAACGAAGGAAGACUCUGAACUGGACAAACUUCUGCAGGAUUCAUUCAGGCAACAAAUGAAGUAUGAAGAGAAGCGGAAGCAAGAAGAAGCUGUUCUUAGGGUUGAAUAUGAUGCCAUCCCAGAAGGUCUCAGCAGUAUAAAUUUCCAUCUCUGUCUCUUCUUUAUCUUGCUUCUGCUCACCAUUAUCAAUUUGCCCACAGCCCUCACAUGGGGCCGAAAUUAUCCCUUUGAGAAAGUUCUGAGCAAUGAUCCAUCCUUUAUUCCUGCUAUCAUUGUGAUCAUCUCCCUGGCUCCACUUUGGCAACUGUCAACGCCACGGAGUGUCCAUGGAUACAGGACUAUUGGAUGUGUUCUGUACGUAGCUGCAGCUACAUGUAUCCUCUAUUGCCAGGAUUCAGUUUACCGUCUCAAUGGGGUUAUCUGUGGGAUCUUUGCCACAAUCAGUAUUCAGCAGACCUUCUCAACGCGCAUCCAAGAAGGACUGCGCGAAACCAUGAAUACCGCCGAUAGAAUCUACUUGGACAGGAUAAAGCAUUUCCUAGGCGGUGAUAAUUAAGCAAUACAAGUGACAGUUUUUUUUUAAGUUUAUUUUAAGCAAUCUAAAGCAAUUUCGUACGCUUUUGAAUUUUAUGAAUUCACAUCGCCAUUAAAAUAGCGAUCACAGCGCUCCUGGCGGCUGCUGGAUGAAUUUGUAUUGUCCUGAAAAGUUUAGGUUACUAAAAUCGUUCUAUUGCGUCCAAGGGAAAUUCAGUUGAUUAGAAAAACGUCUGGAGAUGUAUUUUUUUAUGGAGGGUCACCGAAGACCAGAAGUUGAUAUCUCUUACCGUUUGAGCUCUAAAAUGGUGACCAAUUACAAAAAAGACGCUUUGAGUUCGAUCAGUACAAUUAAGAAAGACAAAAAUUACCCACAAAGUAAUUAUUGAUUACGCUGGCACACCUUUUCAAUUGAACGAAAUUCAAUCAAUUUACGUAUUGUCUAAAGUUAUUCAUCUUUGUAUCCAUUCAGUACAUACAAUUUUUUCCCAUUUUGCCAAAAGCAAAUUCCUAGUCCAGAUAAAGGGUAUCAAAAAAAGCGACUUGUGCUUCAUUUCUCACUUGUGAGUUUUAAUGAAAAUCUAUCUCGGGAACAGAUUAAGAUUUUUUUCUUGCUCUUUUUUUAUUUGAAACGUAAUUUUGUUCUGUUUAAAACUAUUUACUCGAUUGUAGAUUCAAGUUUUUUUCGUAAUAGUCUUUUAACCUUUUUUUUAAGAAAAUGUGAAAAUAGUUUUUCUGCAAAACCUCAUUCUUAGAAAUUUUAGUUUUUUUUACUAUUUAUCAGUAUCAUUGAGUACAUGAAAAACUUAACUUUUAAUUUUGAGUUUAACAGGUUUUAUUUAAAAUUUGAAAAUGCAGUGAAAUUUUAAUUAUUUUUAAUAAAAGUUAAACGCAAAAGUGGAAGCUCUCCUUUUCAAGGAAUGUAGUGCUCAAUAUUGAUCAGCAGUAAAAACAAUCAAAAUUUGGAAGAAUGGUAUUUUGAUUAAUAUUGUUUUUAGAACAUGAACAUGCACAGCUUAAGCAUGAAAUGAUUAAGAUUGUGGUGAAAACAUGCAUAGCUGUUAAACUUCUUAAAACAGAUGGUGCUCGUCAAAACCGGUACAGCCGAGCACAGCUGAAGAAUAAAAUGUAUAAAAUUGUGCAUAAGUCCUGCAUAGCUCAAACAAAAUUGAAUCUAAAUUUUUAACAGUUUCCUUAAUCUUAAUCUUUUAUGUUCAACAGCUGUGUGCGUUUUCAGCACAAUAUAAUCCGUUUUAUGUUUGAUCUAUGCAGAUUUUAUGCACAAUAUCUGAAAAGUGAAAUUGAGAUUGAAAAUGAAAUUGAAAUUCCAAUUUUCAUUUGACAGAAAGAAACAAAUAUAUCUUGUUUUAGUUUGAAAGAGUAAGACGUAAAAUUCCAAUCAAUUGAAUUUUACUCAAUUGAAAAAGGUGUGACAGCGCCAUGAAAAAUCAAAUUUGGAAUUUUCUCUACUUAUUUUUUUUAGGUUUCCUACGACAUAUUGUCGUAUAAAAGUAAAUCCCGUUUAACGAGUGCACAUUUUUACAAGUUGUGGUUCUUAUUUAAAAAAAAAAAUUUACAAGAUCAUGAUUUUCUUAGUAGAGAGGUUAUUGUGGAAAUUGUGGUUAUGUUGGAUCUAACCUAGAAAAAUUUUACAUGAAAUACAGUAGACUCUCUCUCAAUUGGGCAUUUGGGGCAAAAUGUCAUCCGGUUUAUCGAUAGAUUUGGGCGUCAAAGGCUGUGUAAAUUCCACAAAAGGCGCUCAAUUAUAAAGAAUCACGAUGAAAUAGGAAGAACUACAGCGAAUUUGAGCAAAUUAGCUUCAUAAUUAAACGUGAAAAUUGUCAACAAAAUUAUUCGCCCGAUUGAAAACAAGCCGAUUGAGCGAGAGUCUACUGUACUUGAAUAUUAAAAUAAACACGUCUAAAAUUUAGGCGUCUAGUAAUUUAGGCAUUUUGAUUUUGAUGCAUAAUGUCGCAAUAACUUUAAUUUGUAAACAUGUUUCAAAAUUACUUAUGAGAGUGACAGAGAUAACUACAUGUCGGUCUCAUUUUUUUCUCACUAAAAUUUUAAAAACAUAUUUACAAAACAAAAGUCAUUGUGCGCUAGGCAUAAUAAAACUACUUAAUUUUAUCUUUUGUCUGAUUUUCUUAUUUGUUAAACAGAAAGGAAAUUGUGGUUAUGUUAAGACUAGCCGGCCUAGCAAUGUCAAAUAUACAAAAUUUCUUCUGUUUGUUGAUAAUUUAAGGCACUUUAAAAACAAAAAGAAUUUUUAAAAGGCCUAGAUAUCUUAUUACUAUCAAAUUACCACGGAAAUUGUGAUUAUGUUGGCCCUAACCUAAAAUAUUUCUAUCAGAAUGCUAAAAAACUCAAGAAUCUUGAUUCACUUCCUUCACUUCUAUUGAGAUUUUAAAUGUGUCUUUCAAUUGAUACUGCAUUAAGCCGUAACCUUAGAACGUUUUUUUUUUUUUGAGGUUAGAGUUUUUAAAUCUCUGAUUUUAAUACAAGUUUGAAGUGAAAAACGUGCUGAAACACUUAAUUUCUUUCUCAAAUUAUCCAAAAUUGCCUUUUAAAGCAAAUUAAGGUGUUUGUAUAAUUUUUAAGAUUAUAGAAAACUUCUAACCUAAAAAUAGCUUACAGAAAAAAUGAGAAAUCUAGGCCUUGCUUUUCUAUUAUUUAUAUAAUAGUAUUAUUAUCUACAGCAGUAGUAGUUAUAUUAUCUACAGGAGCUACAUUACUAAUUAGAAGAUUUUCCCAAAUUAAAUUUAUCUUAAUUUUUAAAGGUUAGGUUUAACAUAACCUAAAACUUUUCAAAUUAAUUUAUUGGCGAAAUUAAGAAAUCGGAACUAAAGUACGGACUUAAAGAAUCAAAGCGUUCUACUAAAAAAAACCCUUGUAAGAUUACAGUCUAAGUGGUAACAUUUACCAAUAAUAAACCUCCUUGUUUUAGACCCAAAAAUUAAAUACAAAUUAAGAAUGGCAGGAAAUCGAAUUUUGACAUGAUGGACAAGAUAAGAAUCACAACAAUUAAAUGAUUUUCUUUAAACUGAAAAUACUUUAUCGUCGUAAAGAUUUUAUUCCUUUGAAUUCGUUUGGAAGUAAUUUUGAGUAUCAGCCCCGCGAACAAAUUUACGAAAUUUGUUCUGCUCCUUUGAAAUAGAUUUUUUUUGCUUUUACUGGAUACUAAAUCGGUUUUAACUCCGUUCGUAAAUUGGACUACAACUUAAAGUACAAUUGAAGUCAGGGGGUGAAUAAUGGCCGGCGAGUGACAGAUUGGCAUAUCGCGCCGAUCAGUCCGUGAUCGCAAUAAUCGGCACCCAAAGUUUGGCCUCUAGAAAAGUCAUAUUAAAAGAAAAGAGAUAGCAUAGCGUUCCAGCAACAUUGUGGAAUGCUCGAACUAACUACUCUAUCAAAUGAAUUAAUUACACAAUCGCAAAGAAAGUGGCAGUCCUCGAGCAAUUUCAAUACUAAAAGUCGUUGAUAAUUUUAAAAAAUGACAUGGACUAUAGCGACCUAAGCGUCAAAUCUGGAACCAAAUAUGGACUAUAGCGAGACUCUACUGUAUGUUUUAAUUUUUGAGAUUGCUCGAAAACGCGUCGCGCGAUCUUUUUCAUUUUUGGAUCUGUUUUAGAUUGGAUCUGUUUUUUUCAAAAUACCAUUGAAUUAUUCCUAAUAACGGUUUUUCAGGGACAAUGUUUAAAAAGGCUCUAGAGAGCGCAUUUUCAGGCGAAUGGGGUCAUAGUUGGGGUCGUUGGAAAGGUCUUGGAAUUUCCGACAAAACUAAACCGGUUCCAAUCGGUUUUGAAUCGGUAAUGAACCGGUUCAUAACCGAUAAAAAAAUUUAUCUGAAAAUCAAUCCUAUUACUUUUAAAACUAUUUUGGGGGAUCUUUUGAGAGAUUUAUGAAUCGGUUCAAAUAGAUUAAGAACCGGUAAACGGUAAAUAAUGCGAAAGUACUUUUGCGGUAUAGCAUCUAAGUCACGAGUUCGAGCAUUUCGCAAAGCCUGGAGCGCUUUGCCACCCUUUAUUCGAAAUUCAAUUAAAUUACUCCUGAGGUGUAUUUCGGGAAAUAUACUGAGUGAUUUAUAAAUCGAUUCAUAUCGGUUGUAAACCGGUAAUGAACCGGUUAUAAAGCGAUAAGUAGUUUUUGUUCAAAAUAGAUCUCUUUUUUUCAGUGCAGUAAGAAAAUUGUUUGAUGUAAUUACUUCAAUUGAGUUAGAAAAUUGGAAAAAUGAAACCAAAUGAGAUAAGUAACUUCACAUUUUAUUACACUGGCUUAAACGGAACCGGUUUUGAAUCGGUAAUAAACCGCUUCAUAACCGAUAACUAAUUUUUAUUCGAAAUUCAAUUAUAUUACUCCUCAGGUGUAUUUUGAGCAAUGUUUUGAGUAAUUUAUGAACCGAUUCUUAUCUGUUGUGAACCGGUAAUGAACCGGUUAUGACCCGAUAAGUAAUUUUUGUCUGAAAAUCAAUUUUAUUACUCUUGAAACUAUUUCAGCUGAGACCCGGUAAACAGUAAAUAAUACAAAAGUAAUUUUGAGGUGUCACGAGUUCGAGCACUUUGCAAAGUCUGCGGCGCUUUGCCACCUCUUUUUCCAAAAAAUUCUAAAGAGGCGUGGCUUAUUGAUUUCUCUCAAAGAGGGCAGGGUCUAAAAAAAAACAAGCGGGGCUUACUCAAAAACAAAAAUACCUCCAAUUAGAUUGCAAUUAAUGCCAAAAAUAAAGAGAGAAAAUUUUAAUGACGAAAUAAUUUGAUAAUAAUCACAUUGAAGCAAAAAAAAAGGUGUACUCCGAGUGUGAAUUCUACGUAUUUUCUGUGAAGUUCUGUAGAUCUAGUCAAAAUAUUUAAUCUGUUGAUUUGGGGCACAAAAUCACAUGAGAGAAUCGUGCAGAAAAUCCAUUCAUCGCAAUGUUUGGGAAGUAGAGAACGGAGAAGAAAGUAAAAGAUGUUUUCUUAAUAAUGUAACAUUAUAAUAAUAUUUACGUAAGGCUCUUAAAUAUUACAAAGAUGUAAUGUUAAAGUAAAUAUAACUGUGUCACAUAAAAGACAAGAAA